UGUGUCUGUCUCCCCGUCAUUGGAUGUCGUAGAGAGAUCACACAUGGAAAGGGUGGGGGUGAUGGAGAGGUCACCCAUUUUGGAGAGGGAGCUACCAGCUCUAAGCCCACACCGUAUCUCCAGAUGACAAGCAGAGCCUUGGUUCCACCUUCUGUGGGGGACAGUGCUAACGUGGAGGCACGGGGCAAAUCAAAGCAGAAAAAAUAUGCCUUCCUAACCAGGAGGGAGCUCUCCUAUUUUGGGGUGAAGGUGGCUAUUGUAGAGCCUGGAGGCUUCAAGACUGCUCUGAAUGACAGGCAUUCGUCAAUUAUCAAGAUGCUGUGGGACCAGGCCAGCUCAGAGGUCAAAGAGGUCUAUGGAGACAAAUUUUUGCAGUCCUACCUGCGAACACUGACGUCAUUGGUGGAAACAUGCUCGGAGGACCUUACUUUGGUGACAGACUGCAUGGAGCAUGCACUGACUUCCUGUCAUCCUCGCACCCGCUACUCAGCCGGCUGGGACGCUAAGCUCUUGUACCUCCCCAUGAGCUACCUGCCCACCUUCCUCUCAGAUGCCUUCUUCUACUGG